AUGUAUUGGAAAUAUUCUGUGAUGUGGACAUUCAUACUAUUGGUUUUAAUAUUCAAUGUUGCUAUUGUAAUAUCAAGAAACGAUCCUAAGCAUGAUCCGAGAAGCAAUGGAGACCUUGCACUGUGGAUAGAUGAAAAAACAGUCAAAAUGUUUAGCGGAAUAUCGAUGGAAAUUUACGCUAUAGUCAACGGAAACGUUCUAGCGUACAUUUUAGAUCCGAACUUCGAGAAAUACCUGCCUGUCAUCCCUUCCGAGGUGACCUACGUGAAUUUCACCUGGAAAGCCGGCAACAAGAAAUACUACUACCAUUUCGACAGGCUCCAAUCGUACGAUCAAAGCAUCCUCGAGGCACCCGUAAUAUCCAUCAAAACGAAGGGCAGAGUACCGAGGCGCCCUAAAGAGUUCAGCAUCUUCUUACCUUGCCUAGGCAACAGCUCGGGCAUCGCUAAAUUCGGCAUAGGGCUGCUCAUCGAAAGCCGAAAGGGCAAACCGUUGAACGGUACACCUCUGAGACUCAAGCUGAAAAAAGAAUGCGCACAAAGAAAUCCCGAUCCAGAAUGCGAUAAGAAAUGCGCGAAUCAAGGACGAUGCAACCACGAAAAGAUCUGCCAGUGCCCCGAAGGCUACAUGGGGCCCUACUGUCGAACUGCCUUGUGCUACCCACAAUGCAUGAACGGGGGUAAUUGCACAUCACCCGGUAUAUGCAGCUGCCCGCCCGGCUUCCAAGGAAGGCACUGCGAAGGAGGAAUUUGCGGUCAAAAGUGCCUCAACGGAGGGAAGUGCAUACAGAAAGACACCUGCGAAUGUUCCAAAGGCUACUACGGUCCCCAUUGCGAAUAUUCUCGAUGUAUUAUACCCUGCUUGAACGGGGGCAAAUGCAAAGCUGUGAACAAAUGCCGGUGCCCGAGGGGCUUCAGGGGCGACCACUGCGAAAUCGGCAGAGCGAAACCGGCGAGGAGUAAUUGCCAAUUGGCUUGCAAGCACGGUACUUGCGUCGAUGAGUCUUGCGUGUGCGAUCCGGGAUGGUACGGCCGGUUGUGUCACCAUAGUAAGUUGUGUUAA